GCUGCCCUAGAUGCGCUCCAUGGCGAGGGCCAGGUGGUGGCCCCCAUCAUCAUUUCAAGCGACGCCACGAUUCUCAGCGGGAACGAGCGUGUGAAGGUGUGGGCGGUGUACCUGAGUCUCGCGAACAUCCACCUCCGCCUCCGUUGGGGGGAUUCUGGCAAGAUCCUGCUGGCCUUACUCCCGAUGCCUAUCCAGGGAAUGACGGCCGAGCAGAAGGUGCAGCUAUUCCAAGCCGCGAUGCAGAUAGUUCUGGCAGACCUGAUUGUCGCAUCACACACUCCGGACGUCCCUAUUGCGGCAGCCGACUAUGCCGUUACUUGCAUCUGCCCGCACUAGCCUGGCCUCAUCAACCUGCUCGUUUCAUUGCAAGUGCCGAUUCCAGCACUGGCUCACCGACCGCUCGUGCUAAGCCAACACCGUGUAUAACUCUGUGCUGCUCUCAUCACAGAGGGAUAGCGGCGCGCGAUCCAUGGGGGGUCAACCGGGUCAUCUGGCCCAUUCUCUUUUCCUACGUGGCGGACUUCCCAGAGACCUGCAAGGUCUCCUGCACUCAGCAGCAUGGCAGUGCUAUGCCGUGCUCCCUGUGCUAUGUGGAUCGGGGGCAGCUUAGGAACAUGACGGCGGGACCAUCGGAGCCUCGCUCUGUGGAUCAGCAGUCCUCUCUGCUUCACAGCCCGCGGCUCGCAAGAACGUACUCCACUCUCUGUAUCCCGUCGUUUCUUUGGGAGUGGAAUUUCUCCCGGACUCUAUGGGGCAACACGUACCUGUCGCAGAUGCCUGACAUCCUGCACAUUAUCUACAUGGGCUUCUGGCUGUACCUCCGCGCUGCACUGCGCGGACCCGAUGGACGCGCCGCCACUCUUGACGGGCGCCAGAAUGCACUACACCCAGAGGCCAGGCAGGCGGGGCUGAUCACUCCAACUGAUGCUGCAUAUUGGGUCUCUGGUGCGAACUUCACGGCGUCAGAGCACGCCGGUGUCAUGAUGAUCGUGCCCUUUGUACUGGAGGGCGAGGUUUCGGUCAUCAGCAGCCGCACUAUCGUCGCGUUUCUGGACUGGCAUGAGACUUAUGUGCGGGCAUCGGAGCACACAGACGAGAGCCUGAGCGCGUUCGACACUGCCACACGAAGGAUGGUGCAGCUAGUGGAGAGCACCUUCCCACGCGAUCACUCUGGGUGGAACUUAGUGAAGGUCCACCUGCUGCUCCACCUUACGGAGGCGAUUCGACGGGGGGGGCUUCCCCGAGAGUACUCUGCUGCAGUUUACGAGAACGCGCACAUCCGCACCUGCAAGAGGCCGUAUCGGGCAUCCAACCACCGGGACCUGCGGCGGGUGAUCGCACAGCACAACACCAUUCAGGCGCUUAUGACCCGCCUCCCUACCAACCUCGAGGGAGAUCGGCAGUACAACACGGCGUUGCGCCGGGCCAUAGCUGCUGGUGUGCCCCAGCUGUGCCGCCAGCGCUCCAGGAUGUACAGCGCGAUCUGUGACAGGGAGCAGGCGCCACUGGACCUGUAUGCGACAUACGACGCCGCGAUCCCUGGAGGCAUCGGGCCCUACGCUUACCUGGCAAGACUCUACGGCUACAUCGCUUUCCCAGCAUGGGUCCACACCGCACUCGCCCUCCCCGCCCGCGAGAUGGACUACACCCUGAUCAGGCCCCACUACGCCCGAGCAUCCGCCUCGCACUAUGGCGUACCUGCGUUCUCAUUCAUUGAGUAUGAGAACGGGAGCGGGGAGACGGUGCAUGGCCGCGUGCACCUCCUUCUGACGCUGACGAAGAACAGCGAGGACGCUGACCCCGCGGGAGAGGAGGUGGCAUUUGUGAGGCAGUGGUACCCCUCACAGGUGGACGAGUGCACGGGGUGCAUGAGGAUGCGCCCGUCCGACGACGAGCUAAGCUAUGACUUUGUGCCGGUCAUAGCCGUGCAGAGGACCGUGCACAUGGUGGAGUCGUUUGUGACUCCUGGACUCUGGUACCUGAACAAGUGGGCGAAUCGUUGCCGCGAAGAGAUGCGUUGA